UCUACUACCAGUUUGUCGCAGGGACGUCCAUCGAUUUUUGGUGUGGGAACGUCACGCUUCCCAGAGCAAGACCAGCGAAACCCAAAAACCCCACGGCACCCUGGAGGCAAGCAGGGUGUUUCUUGGCAUGGGCCCCCACUGUAUGAGGGGCAACGAUGGGGGGGGACUGGCAUAGGGUCGGGAUGCAUCGACCUGGAAUCGGCGAUGCAUCGCCGAUAGAUCGGCGGCAGGCCUCCGAUAGUGAAUCCGCACCUUCCUGGGCAGGUUGCGGCUAUCGGGCGCCUAUCGGCGAUCAAUGGGCGAUUUGGGGCCGAUGCCUCCCCCCCUGUGCCCAUGCCGUCCUGUCGUCGCCUCUGACCGUCAUGCUUGCCCACAUCUUCGCGCCCGGGGGCUGCGCGGGGCCUCCGCGCGGUCCCCGGGGUGAGGCCGGCGACGCCCGGGCAGGACGCACGGGGGCCCCAAGAGGCACGACCGCACCGCCAGUGCGCGGCACCGAAACCAAAAUCAACCAUCGCAAAAUCGUUCAAGAUCUUGCGUUCCCGCCGUCCCGGAUAUGUAGGGAUAUUCCCCCUGCAACUUACCGACUUGCUCAUACCCCCCUCUAGCACGCCGCCAACACUGAUCGCCUCUGGAGCUCAACCGUGGAAGUGACCAGACACCUCUGCGCCAAGAUGGUUGAACAGCUCUUGCUGAGACUCGCGCUGCGUGGAGCUCGAGCUGUGCGAGCUGCCCGAGCUGUGCGAGCUGCCCGAGCUGUGCGAGCUGCUCGAGUUGUGCGAGCUGCUCGAGUUGUGCGAGCUGCUCGAGUUGUGCGAGCUGCUCGAGUUGUGCGAGCUGCUCGAGUUGUGCGAGCUGUGCGAGUUGUGCGAGCUGUGCGAGCUGUGCGAGCUGCUCCUCGUCGAGGUCACCUCCGAGGGCGGACAAGGGGGGGUCAGCGGUGCGCAGAUGGGGGAGGGCAAGAGGACCGCCUCCCGAGAACACAGGAGGCACCUCGAAGGCGGCAGAAGAAACACACACUCGGCAGGGACGUAACCUUUCAGAGACCCGCCGGAGGCGCACGAGGUCCCAGGGGCCUGGGCCUGCGAGUGCUC